GAGGCAUCUUGCUGCUUGAACUAUCUUUGUUGUAUGCUGUAAACAGGAACGCAGGCGAGUUCGAGACGUCGCUAUUAAGAGGCUGUUAGAGCUACUUAUUGAAAGUAACACCGCUCACUGUGAACAGAAAAUGGAAGACGAUGUAUUGACGACGCUGAAAAUAUUGAUAAUUGGAGAAAGUGGUGUUGGAAAAUCCAGCCUCCUUUUAAGAUUCACAGAUGACACAUUUGACCCGGAACAAACAGCAACAAUAGGGGUCGACUUCAAAGUGAAGACCAUUUCUGUGGACGGCAACAAGGCAAAGCUGGCGAUAUGGGACACUGCAGGACAGGAGCGCUUCCGAACUUUAACACCCAGCUACUACCGCGGCGCCCAGGGAGUCAUCCUGGUGUACGAUGUAACACGGCGGGAAACCUUCACCAAGCUCGACAACUGGCUCAACGAGUUAGAGACGUACUGCACGAGAAACGACCUCGUGAAAAUGCUUGUGGGGAAUAAAAUCGAUAGGGAAAACCACGAGCUAGACAGGGCCGAAGGGCUGAAGUUUGCGAGAAAACAUUCCAUGCUUUUUAUAGAGGCAAGUGCCAAAACCAAGGAUGGUGUCCAGUGUGCGUUUGAGGAGCUGGUGGAGAAGAUUAUCCAGACCCCCGGCUUAUGGCAGAGCGAGAACCACGGCCGAGGAGUCCAGCUCACCGACGAGGACGCAGGAGGUGGAACCUGCGGUGGCUACUGCUCCCUGGUCUAGACAGCAAACGCAUUCUAACACACACUCUCACAAACACACACACACACACACACACACACACACACACACACACACACACACACACAAGCUCAGACAUACACGUGUGAAUACCACACACUCAAAUAUAAACACAGACAAACACACACUCCUCCUGCUGUGUUGUCCCGAGCUGAGCUCCCCUCCUCAGACAUGAAGGCGGUGGAGGUCUGAGGUGGACCGUUCACACACUCUACCUGUGUUCACACAGACUUUUUGCACACUUUCUAAUAAUAAUAAUGCUGCGCUAAAAUGCAACUGCAGCUCAGCCUUCCUCUUAAUGGAAUUCGAGUGAGUUUUUCGCUCCCCUCUUUUUUGUUUUGAGUUACAGUUUCGUGCAGUUUUGGGAAACUUGGUCAAAACAUGAACCCUUCUCAUGUCACAUACAUGAUUAAUAUGUUAUAGACAUAUACAAGGAGUCCAAAAGCUUGAACCAAAGUAUGAUUGGAUAAAUCUCUUGAGUGACGAUGAGAAAUGGGAAAGUUUUGACCAAGGUUCCUUGUUUGUCUCCAGCAUGCUUAUUGUCCUCGGAGCACCUUGCCUUAGCGAGCACAUCUGUAUCAAUGCAGGGCCGACUUCUCCCCCCAGUGUUAGCCUUCCUUCUGCUCUGUCCUGUGCUUGGUCCUGCCCCUCAGACUGAACAUUGCGCUGCUUAUGGAGAAGCUUAUCAAGCCAGGCUGUCUUGUUUUCCAUCUCACCACUCUCGGUCUAAAAGCCUGGAUCAUGAGUUUCUUUUGUUUUCCACACAACUGCCUCAUUUUUUUUUUCAUAUUAUAAUAGAGUUACCAAGUGUCUGGAAUGACGUUUUACUGCUUUUAUUGACUUGGACUUCAAACCUGUGGUGUGUUUUGAAGAGUGCAUGAAUCAAAGAGAUUGGCACCAGCAAGCUUUCCACUUGGUGCCCGAAGAAGAGGGAACCUCUUAAAAUUGCACGCCUUUGUUGUAACGAGUUGCUUUAAUGGAGUGCGACUUACUGGCACUCUCUGACUCAGACAGAUAAUAUCAGUAAUAUCACUAGCACAGCUACAGUUAUUCAUAUACAUCCGUUUGACUGGACAGAGACAAAGGAAAAGUGUUCAAUAUAAGACGGGGCAGUGAGUCAUGAGGGUGUUUCCACUGGGUUUGGAAAAUCAAAGAAAAAGCUGUGUGCACCACAUCGCUAAUGGAUUUCACAGUACUCCUAUCUCUGUGUUUUUUGUAUCUGAGAAGCAGCUCUACAUGUACUGUACCCCUGACCUCUGACCAUGUUUGUAGUAUUCGAAUGCUGGUGUGUGUUCUUGGAAAAAUUCUGGGAAAUCUGGUUCUGAGAGUGUGAUCUUGUAACCAGGAUGUUGUGAAAAUGACAUGGGUUCGAGCAUGUCUCGUCACAAAUUGAUAUUUUUUAUCUCUUUAUAAAUGUGCAUGUGAAUCUCUGCGUGCCAUCUUUUGUUUGUUUGUCCAGUGAACAGCCUUCGUAGGCUUUUUACUAUAAACACUAUAACUUAUAUUUAGCUAAGAUAAGAGAUUGCAAACAAGUUUACCAUUGAUGUUUAAUGGUACUUAAACAAACAAAAAGGAAGUAGGCUUUUACUCAUUUAACUGGUAUAGCUGUCUUUUUUGUGUCCAUGUAUACCUUGUAAAUUGUGUGCAUUUUAAGGAACUCAGUGAGAUGAUUCCUGUAUGAUUUGUAAAGCUGAAUGUAUACAUAUUUCACUACAAACUUCCCGAUGUAUUAAACUGAAUAAAACUCUUUUUUUAAGCUAA